GGCUGAGCGGGGUGGGCGGAGUCAACUUCUAAAACUACUGAACCCAGUCUGGUGUGGUGGAUAAAAAGAAAACAUCGAACCUCAAGGCAACUGGAAACUUGCAGCGGAUUUUUUGGGGGGAUUUUUAAUGAGUAAAACCCUCACUUAAAGAAGCAAAAUGAGACUCCGGUCUCAGAGAACGGUUUCACCGUGUUCGGAGACGCCGAAGAGACGCAAGAGCAUAAAAGCGACUCCGAGACGAAGGCGCCUGUCGGUGACCGAGAGCCCGCUUCAAACCAAGGUUGAAGAGGCUAAUGAUUCCCAUCUCUCAGAUGAUGAAGUCCCUACAAUGACAAGGCGCCGGCUGCCACGUCGCCGGGCAAGGAAGAGAGCGGUUGCCGUUGACAACAGUGAAACAGAUUUGGACUUCAAGACCCCGAUCAGGUCCAUCAUGCGGCAUCAGCGCAUACUAACUGAGAUCAACUCAGCGUCGCCACCCACCUCAACGGCCAGAAACAUCUACUCGCCAAUCGUACGUUUCCUCACACCCAGCAAAGAGAAUAGGAAGGGUGCGCGACGCAAAAACAGCAUUGUGAUGAGCCCAGAGCAAGGUGUAUUUGGUUAUGGCUCCAUUGACCUUCUUGCUGGUGAAGAAGAAGAUGACGUCUUUGAUCCAUUUACCUUCAUCAAGAACAUACCGUCACAGUCUCAGCAUUCCCAACCCCGACUCCGAGAUAUUCCACCUAAGACCCGGAGCUGUCCAGAAUCCACGCUGGUGGUCGACCUGGAGGAGACACUGAUGUUCAGUUCUCUGAACGUGAUCGAGGACGCAGAGUUCACCUUCCUCACCGUGUUCCAGGACCAUCAGUACAAGGUGCACAUGAUCCUGCGACCACAUGUGAAAGAAUUUCUGCAGUCCAUGGCAAAAGUCUAUGAGCUGUUUGUUUACACAUGUGCAAAGAAGGAAUACGCUGAGAAGAUACUGGACAUCCUGGACCCGCAGAGAAAACUGUUUCGACAUCGUCUGUAUCAGGACGACUGUGCCUGUGUCCUCGGCCACUAUAUCAAAGACCUGAGUGUCCUGGGGAGGGAUCUCUCCAAGACGGUGGUUCUGGACAACGCACCGCACACAUACCCGUACCAUCUGAUGAACGCGAUUCCCAUCAAGAGCUGGUCUGGCGAGGCCGAGGACAGAGAGCUGCUCAAACUCAUCCCUUACAUGGAGAAACUGUCUGCAGCGGAGGAUUUUCGGGAGGUGCUGAAGAAGAGGAAGGAUCACUUCCACAGGCUGCUGACGGAGGACUGACGGCACUGUUACUGCUCUGUGUAACCUUCACAGCUCCAUUUCCUGCUUUGGCUUUAAAGGAAAAAAAGAGAACCGGCAGUCUAUCUGGCAUUCUCCCACCUGAAGCCCGUUGUGUUGUGUUGUGAUGUGUGGUGAACGUGCUCACCCUCCUCUUUUCCCCCUGAUGACUUAAGAGGACGCCACGUCGGUAUUUCAAACAUGCUGCCGGUCAUUCAUCACACCAACCUCUUUUCUCCCAAGACUCAUUCCACAGAGCAAUAAAGUGCAGGCCCCCCUCCCGCCCCUUCCCUCCCUUGGGUAAUGUUUAUUCACAUACAAAGCUUUGAAAUGUGUUGUUAAUAGAAAUAUUUGUUUUAUUUAUUGAUUAUGUUGCUGCUCACUGGCUGUCAUCUGUGUAUAUUUCUAGAUAAUGAUUUUUAAUACAAUAAAAUCAUUCUACUAAUGCUGGGAGAAUGAAACACCUA